UCUGAGCACAGCAGCUUCUGUUUUGGUUCCAGCAGCUGUAGAACUUCAUGUCCUGACCAGGUCACCUGUCUCGAUCAGUUCACUAGGUUUAUUUAUAAAGCUGGUUUUAAUUGAUUUUAAAAAGCUUUACUGGUAUACUCAUUAGGUGACAGUGGAGUACAGUAACAGCUGGCACACAUACCUGUCUGUCCUGUCUCUACCUGUGCGAGUUCCUGAGCCCUGACACAAACCUAUCUCCAGCAGGUAAACACGUAAACACCUGGAGUACUCUGAAGCUAACGUUAGCACCUGUUAGCUUCUGUGUUUAUGUGUCGGUGACAGCAGAUUGGUCAGGGUCAGCAGUGACAAACAGCUCAUCCGAGUGACUAACUUUGUCCAACUUUUCACGGAGCUAACAGCAGCUAACUAACUGCUAACUCACCGUCUCCAGCGCGUGCAGCAGCAUGCUCGUGAACCUGCCGAACGUCUCCAUUUUCCCGCCUAAACCGAGCGACCCCAGCCGACCGUCAGCCCGAUUAUUCCCGUUUAUUCCCGGUUUUCUGCGACAUGUCGACCAGCUGUGCUAACAGCUGAGCGCUCCGUGUCAACCGGAAACCUCCACGUAAACACAUCCGAUCUGAACUUUCACAAUAAGACAAGGCCGUCAACGUAACGUAUGCUGAGAUUUCAGAAUAAGAGCUUCAAUUGACUAUUUAUGACACAACAGUGAAGACUACAACGACCUAAUUGCACCUGGAGCCGCACGGACAGCAUCAGAGGGACGCUCAGCUGGUCUGAGCAUGUGCAUCAUCACAGAAGCUCUUCAUCCUCCUCAUCUUCUCCACAGUCAGUCUUGCUUCUCAGUAACUGCUCAGCUCAUGUUUGCAGGUGUCAGAAUUGGCACAGGUGUGUGUUUGUGUGUGUCAACCCCGCCCUGUGAAAAAGGAAGUGCACACAAUGAACCAGCUACUGCAAGAGGAACACAACGCUGUGACAUCAUGGUAUCCCAUUCAGAGUUUGAGCGUGCAGGGAAGGAGGCGGGGCUUCAGGUGUGGCGGGUGGAGGACAUGGAGCUGGUUCCUGUUCCUGAGAGCCUGUAUGGCCGGUUCUACAUCGGCGAUGCGUACCUGAUCCUGAAGAGCACGAGCAACCGCAGCGGUGCCUUGCAGUACGACCUGCACUACUGGCAGGGUUCAGCGUGUUCUCAGGAUGAGAGCGGAGCGGCGGCUAUUCUCACUGUUCAGAUGGACGACUUCCUGCAGGGGGCGCCGGUCCAGUACCGCGAAGUACAGGGCUACGAGUCUGGUACCUUCACCGGGUACUUCAAAUCUGGUCUCACAUACAUGAAAGGGGGCGUGGCCUCAGGGUUCAAGCACAUGGUGACCAAUAAUGUUGAUGUUAAGCGACUGCUGCAUGUCAGAGGUCGGCGCGCUGUCAGGGCGACGGAGGUUCCUGUCAGCUGGGACAGCUUCAACCAGUCAGAUAGCUUCAUUCUGGACCUGGGACAGGAAAUUAUUCAGUGGUCUGGUUCCCACAGCAACCACUUUGAGAAGCUGAAGGCAACCAUGAUGUCUAAGGGUAUCCGUGACAAUGAGAGGUGCGGGCGGGCUGAGCUCCAGGUCUGCGAUGAAGGGGCGGAGCCAGAGAAGAUGGUAGAGGCUCUCGGGGAGAAGCCGGGGCUUUCCGAGUCUCAGGCUGACGACACCGAGACGGAUGCCUCCAACAGGAAAGCGGCUUGUCUCUACAAGGUGUCGAAUGCAGGCGGCGACCUGGAGGUCACCGUGGUGGCCGAGGAGAGCCCGUUCUCCCAGAAUGCUUUGGUGUCCAGCGAGUGUUUCAUUCUUGACAACGGAGCCAACGGACACAUCUUCAUCUGGAAAGGUAAAGAUGCAAACUCGGAGGAGCGUCACGCUGUCCUGAACACCGCGGAGUCGUUCAUCUCAAAGAUGAACUACCCCAGCUUCACACGGGUCCAGGUCUUUCCCGAGCACGGGGAGGGGCCGCUCUUCAAACAGUUCUUUAAGGACUGGAGGGACCCCAGUGACACGGUCGGCAUGGGAACCGCCUACGUGUCCAAUAAGAUUGCAAAGAUGGAAAAGGUGUCGUUUGAUGCAUCUACGCUCCACCAAUCAGAAGGCAUGGCGGCGCAGUAUGGCAUGGUCGACUGCGGGGACGGAGAAAAACAGAUUUGGAGGGUCGAAGGCUCGGAGAAGGUUCCCGUGGACUCGGCGUCCUACGGUCAGUUCUAUGGAGGAGACAGUUACAUCAUCCUGUAUCGCUACCAGCACAGCGACCGACGCGGGCAGAUCAUCUACAUGUGGCAGGGGGCGGAGUCUACCCAGGACGAGGUUGCGGCAUCGGCCUUCUUGGCUGUUGAGGUGGACGAUGAGCUGGGAGGAAGUGCUGUCCAGGUGCGGGUCAUUCAAGGAAAAGAGCCCGCCCACCUCAUGAGUCUGUUUGGCGACAAACCACUGGUGGUGUACAAGGGCGGGACUUCUAGAGAGAACGGCCAAUCAGAAGCUGCAGACACUCGCCUGUUCCAGAUAAGAGCCAAUCCAGCAGGAAACACCAGAACUGUGGAGGUGGAGCCGUCCUCCUCCCGUCUGAACUCCAACGAUGUUUUCCUGCUGGUUUUCCCCUCUGGAUCCUGGAUGUGGAAAGGCAGUAGAAGCAACCCGGACGAACUGAAGGGAGCCGAACAGCUGGCUGAGAUCCUGCAUGUGACCCCCACCCUUCUGGACGAGGGGGAGGAGCAAGGUGGAUUCUGGGAUACGCUGGGGGGGCAGCAGGACUACUGUCGGUCUGCUCGGCUGAAGAACAAGAUGGACGCUCAUCCCCCCCGGCUGUUUGCCUGCUCCAACAAGACUGGAAAUUUCAAGGUAGAUGAAGUUCCAGGUGAGCUGACGCAGGAUGAUCUCGCUCCUGAUGAUGUCAUGAUCUUGGAUACCUGGGACCAGGUGUUCGUUUGGAUUGGAAACGAAGCUCAGGAGGAGGAGAAGACGCGGGCGGUGACAUCAGCUGAGCGCUACAUUGAGACUGACCCAGCCAAUCGUGACCCUCGAACCCCCAUCGUGACGGUGAAGCAGGGAUUCGAACCGCCGACCUUCACCGGCUGGUUUCUGGGCUGGGAGUUCGAAUACUGGUCCAUUAGCCCACUCCAGCGCUAUCUCCAGGCCCUGUGACCUCACUUCCUGUUUACCUUUGAGCUGUCUGCAUGAAUAAAAGCUUCUUAUCGA